AUGCGUCGGGCAGCGUUGCACGGAUUUAGCAGCCACGCUUGGAGCGCGACAACGGAGAACAAAGAGCUUCAACGCUUGAAGUGCACUUGGGAUGAUGUUGAAUUCCUUUUCAGCCCUGCGCAGCAUGAGAGCCUCUCCUACCUGGUCUUUGAUGCUCUGGGCAGCACUUGUCCUGAGCAGUUAAGGGAGGUUUGCCGCAGCAUCCACGCCUUCCAUGAGGACCUGGAUAGGGAUGGCACUGAUGCCCUUAGCGCUGCUUUCGGCAUGCAAGGCAUUCUCUGCCGCGUUCCGGAAUAUGUCGAUUCAAUUGCCCAGGUCAGCCAAAGUCUGAUGUGGGCCAAAGCUACCAUUGAAGAGACAGCGGCAGAUCUGGCUGCAGCGACAUCUUGGGAUGCAUUUGCAGAGUGCAGCGCAAGGCAGUUUCGCAUGCUGUCGAUGGUAGCAGACCGGCCAUCCAGUCAUUGGGCAAGCAGGAACCAAGACCGAGCUUUGCUGAAUGGUUUGCAACAACUUCCAUUUCUCUCUGCCAGUGACAUGCUUGGAGGCACAGAGGGUGACAGGCUGAGGCCUGAGCCCGAGUCAUUGACCUCCUUCGCUACAUCCUGGAGCUGUAAAAAGCGGCCUCAAAGAAGACCGGAUUCGAAAAGCCGAGGGGCUGCUGAAGAGCUACUGGAUGGAACAGCAAAUCCUGCUGCCCAGGUUGCUUUUGCAGGAGCAGCGCUUCAAGUACUGGGACACAUAGCUUGCAAAGAUGGGCCGGUUGAGGACAAGUUGUCCAAAUCUGUUGAGUCCGCGCGUAUUGCCCUCACAGAGCUCUGGGAUGGCACGCCAGACUUGCAAUCUGCCACAGCUUCCAUGGCAGAGGCGCUGCAAUCCAGUGAUUGCAGCUGCUGGAGCCAGGUGACUUCCAGCUUUCAAAGAUUCUCGUGGGCCUGUACUUAUGCCGCUUGCGAGAUAGCCUUGCUGGUGGUCAGAUCUUCUUCUGGCGCAGAGUCCUGGCAGAAGCCGACCGGAAGCCUUGAGAAGCUUACUGCAGCUGUCGGCAGCGCAGUGCAAGCUUUACGCAGGGGUUCCCCGGAGGCUGGAGCUUUUGCUCCACCACCUCGAGCAGAGGACCAAAGGCAUCCCUAUGUGCUGGGUUCUUUUGGUCCAUCCUGCCUGAGCUCCAUGCUUAAUUGCUUGCUCACCUUGAUUCCGGUGGCAAUUUGGAGCGCUCAAACGCUCCCAAAAUCUGGAUCCAAGAAAGCAAAGGCAGGCCAGGAAGACCUCCAUGCCUGCAGGGUAGCUUUGAAGGACCUUUGGCAGGUCCUGCUUCGGAUCGCAGAUCUGCAGUCAGAUGCGGCGGCUGCAGCAAAGAUGGAAGGAAGCGAGUUGCUUCCAAAGCCGCACGAUUCAGUCAUCAAGAAAAGCCUCACUGGCCCUUCGCUGGAACAGUUCGAAGCGCUUCGAACUGAGGUAGAGGCCUCGAUACUUGAGGCACAAAGGAAACAACUCAAAAGCUUGGGGGACAUGCUGGGACAACGCUCGGCGCUUCUGAAAUCUCGUGGUGCCUUCAAACCUUGA